AUGCUGCCUUUGUUGUGGGUUGGCAUCGCCCUGGAGUACCCAAUAUAUCGCGCAUACAUGGCCGAUACAAGCGAGUAUACUGACAUGUAUACGGGAAAACUUGAACGUGACUAUUCGAGUGCAUAUACACAAGCUUGGACCUACGCAUUGUACCUCACGGGAAUGCAGACUUGGUCCACAAAGGAUGCCAAGGCUAUGCAGGACAUGUGGUACGCUGCCACACAAUGGAAUCUGUACUUCAUGUUCCCCCUGGUGCUAAAGUUCUUACGCCACUUUCGUGUAGGCGUCCUCCCGUCAGCUACAAAUGAGCCGGUGUCAGGCUCAAGGAAACUUGUGCUGGUGUGCUUGAUCAUGACCAUGGUUCUGUGGGCAUACUUUGCGGUGACAUAUGUAUUCAUUUGGGCUGUUGCCAACCCUCUAGGGCACCUACCCAUGUUCGUGGGUGGUAUUCUAACAGCCGAACUAGCCGUAUUCACGUUUAGGGAUAGCAUGUCACUGCCCACACACCGUGCGUAUGAUCUGCACCAAGGCAAAUGGACAAGCCUCAAAUACCGAGUCUCCCGCGCAGUGACAAUCGACACUAUGGCAACCGCACUGGUGGUGUCUGCGAUCUGCCCACUGGGAAUGUUCGGUACUUUCCAGCCAGCUGUGGCAGAUAGUGUGGCUCAUGUACUAAUUCCUGUACUGUUCUGUGCUUUGUUGUACACACUCUGCGACAUACCGCAGCGCAACUCGAGCUUGAUGAUCCAGGUGCUGAACUGUCAACUGAUCAAUAGUGUGGGUGGGGUGUCGUAUCCUCUAUAUAUUGUGCACAAAGCUCUGGGAGAUUACUACAUCAACCAGGCCGUGCACCCAGAGAAGCACAUUGACACACCACUGGCUGAGUUUUGGCUGCACGGGGAAGGGGUUGUGAUGAAGGCGACGGUCUUCUGCGCUGCCUUCGUGGUGGCGUGGUGUCUGCAACACUACUAUCAGAACAAGUUGGUGGUACCCGCGUUUGUGCGAAUCCAGACAUGGUAUGCUAGCAGGAAAUAGAACAACGGGAUCACAAUUUAGGUGCCCUGUAAAAUUAUACUAUAAACUUUAUUAUAAUUGUUUAUACUAUAAACUUUUACAAGUAUCAUGAUGAUUGUCAUACUUAAUAUAACUAACAGCACAUAUUACUAUUAUGUCGUAUAUCCGCUAAAGUUAUACUCUAUAUACCCUCUAAUCAAUAAACUUGAAGCGUACUACAACCCA